GUAUCAUGAAAGUACACACACAUACACAGCCAAAUGGUCAGUAUCAGAUCACAAUACAGAAGUGAGAGGGAUAAAAAGACGCAAGAAUUGCACUUGGAGAGCAAAUUCAAAAGACAACACUCAUGGAGAGAAGUGCAACUUUCCCCCCAAUCCCUGGCAAUCAAAGUUACACCAACACCACUUGUUCCCGUGACAACGUAUUGAAGACGGUAGUAUUUCCUGUUCUCUACUCCUUCCUCUUCUUGGUGGGGCUGUUGCUCAACAGUGUGGCAGUGUGGGUGUUUUUUCGCAUCCCCUCACGGUCUCACUUCAUCAUAUACCUGAAGAAUAUCGUGGUUGCAGAUGUCAUCAUGACCUUCACGUUCCCUUUCAAGGUGUUAUCAGACUCCAACAUGGCAUCCACUGGCCUACGUAUAUUCGUGUGCCGGGUUUCCUCAGUGCUCUUCUACCUCACCAUGUAUAUCAGCAUCCUGUUCUUCGGCCUCAUCAGCAUCGAUCGCUGUAGAAAGACCCUAAAACCCUUCAGGGGGACAAAUGCAGCCCGGCUGACCCGUCGGAAGCUCCUUUCAGGUGCCAUCUGGACCUUUCUGCUCAUCCUGUGUCUGCCCAAUGUGAUCCUGACAUCCAAAACUCCAACUUCUAAAUACUUCAAGUGCAGCGACCUAAAGACAGAAGCUGGGCUGUUUUGGCAUGAGGUGGUGAAUCAUGUCUGUCAGAUUAUUUUCUGGGGCAACCUGGUGACUGUGAUAAUAUGCUACACUCUAAUCAGCAAAGAGCUGUACAGAUCGUACACCCGCACUAAGACCAACCGCGCUGAGGGGACAGUGUGUCGAGAGCCAAGCAGGACGACAACUCGUGCGCCCCAAAAGGCCACGAGAAAAAUGAAUGCAAACGUGUUCCUGGUUCUGGCAGUAUUCUUUGUGUGCUUUGUGCCGUUUCACUUUGCCCGUGUGCCGUACACCCUAAGCCAGACCCGACAGGUCUUUGAUUGUAAACUCAAGCUCUUCUUGUUCCAGCUGAAAGAGAGUACACUUUUCCUCUCAUCCCUAAACUCUCUUCUGGACCCGCUCAUUUACUUCUUCCUCUGUAAGUCAUUCAGGACCACUCUGUUCAAGACCCUGCGGCUACCUCCUGGUACCUGUAGCUGGCUAACAGGGAGAGGGUCAGACACAGAUACAGGCAGCACCCCUCUCAAAGAUUCCUCUGUCUGUACGUAAAAACACUGGACAGGAUAAAGACUUCAGCUUUGUGACAGACACAGAGAUGUCAUUUGCAGUCCGACAGUCUGUCCUAAUGAUGUAUAUAUGCCGUGGCACAUAUUUGUGCUUAUGAUCAAUUAUCAUGGAUCUAUGCCUUUACUAUAGUUCUACUCUCUGGAAUUCUCUACCACAUUAACUGAAGUCUGCUACAACAGGAUUUUCUUCUGAAAGCAAGCCUUUAGUUUGGGUUAUGUUAAAGUUCAAAGUAUGUUGUUGACAUGUAAAACUUUUACCAUAUUAUUAUUAUUACUUCCUUUUAACAGUAAGAAUAACACUUUCCUAUCUUAUUCCUUUUUUACUGCAAUAUCAUCUUACCUUACAUGUUUUGUCAUGUAUGAUAUUUUCCUGUUUUUUAAUCUUGAAGCACACUGAGUUGUAUGAAAUAAAUAGGUUUGAUUUAAAUAAGUGCAACAUUGUAACAAACAGUAAUAGACCUCUUUUUUGUUCCUGAUUGUUUGUGUGAGAAGCAGCUGUUUUACAGUAAGAGAAGAGCAUACAUAAACACAAAUAUAUAUUUUU